AUGGUCACUAGUGGUUUGGUACAUAGACAUUUAGUUUCUGAAUGUGGCAUAGAGGUUGAUAGGGCCAAGAUAGAAUUAAUAUCUCAACUACCUAUUCCUAAGACAGUGAAGGAUAUUCGUUCUUUUCUUGGUCACGCUGGCUUGUAUCGGUGUUUCAUUCAAGACUUUAGUAGUAUUCCAAAACCAUUUUGUACUUUAUUGCAAAAUGAUACUACUUUUGUUUGGACUGAUGAGUGCCAGCAUGCUUUUGAGACCCUGAAGGAACACUUAACAGUUGCACCUAUUCAGCAAACUCCUCGAUGGGACUUGCCGUUUGAGAUUAUGACCGACACUAGUGAUUUCGCUCUUGGUGCUGUUCUUAGCCAAAGAGUGGAUAAUAAGGCUUUGGUCAUUUAUUAUGCAAGUCAAUUUGACAUCACUAUUCGAGAUAAGAAGGGAGUUGAGAAUGUGCUAGCUGAUCAUCUAUCACGACUACAGCUACCUGAUGUAUCUUCAUCCAUUCCUCCCUUGAAUGAAAAUUUUCCUGAUGAGCAUCUUUUUGCAGUGUCGCGCACUCCAUGGUUCAUGGACAUUGUGAAUUACCUUGUCACUGACCCGAUGCCAGAGCAUUGGACAACUCAGAACAAGCAUAAGUUCCUUGCAGAGGUACAAUUUUAUUACUUCAACGCUCCUUAUCUUUUUAUGUACUGUGCUGAUCAGUUGGUGCAUCGAUGUAUUCCUGAUGAUGAGUUUACCUCUGUUUUUCACUUUUGCCUUACUGGGGCAUAUAGAGUCCAUUUUGCAACUAAGAAAACUGUUACCAAAAUUUCCAAAGUGGACUCCACUGGCCUACUAUUUUUAAAGAUGUGGAGUCUUUUUACAAGGACUGCAUUCAAAACUAACUUAGUGAUGUCACCUUAUACAUCGGUUUAUGGUCGAGCUUGUCAUUUACUUGUUGAGAUUCAGUAUCAUGCUUUAUGGGCUAUUAAGCAAAUUAACUUUUCACUUGAUGCUGCCAAAGGUUUAAGAAAGCUACAGAUUUCAGAGCUUGAUGAAGUAAGAAGGGAGGCCUACGACAAUUCUCACUUGGCAAAGGAGCGAAUGAAGGCCUUGCAUGACAAAUAUCCUGUCCCUGAUCAGAAAGUGCUCAUCUAUAAUUCUAGACUAAAUCUUUUUCCCAAAAAGCUAAAAUCCAGAUGGAGUGGUUCAUACAUUGUUAAGGAGGUUCAUCCUCACGGGGAGGUAGAUAUUGUCAAUCCAAAAAAUGGCAAUAACUUUAUUGUCAAUGGACAACGUCUAAAGCCGUUUAUGACUGCUUUUGAUCCAAAUGAAGAGAUCUUACUUGUGUAA